UCUGUGCAGGUAAACCUGAUAUUCUAUGCGUUGCUUCCAUAAUGUUGAAUUUGUUGAUUGACAAUCUGUCAUACUUCUGUCAUAAUUUAAACAUGCUUGCAUAACCUGCAUCGAAAUCUUUAUGAAGACUUUUCUCCGCAUUAAUAUCAAAUCUUUAAGGGAUCUGUCUUUUAGUGUCUGUUAUUAAGAGAUGAUAUCUCAUUGACGUCAGUCACCCCUGGAUUUCCCUGGCCUUAUGUCAACAUGGCAACAGGAAGGAAAAGCUCCACUUCAAAAGGUGGAGUAGUUCGUUUCCCUGACCAUGAGGAAGAUGCCCCCAUUAAUAACAGUUGUGAUGGAAAGACUCAGGAAAAAAUCAUCACUGCUUUGCCAGAGCCUGAUGGUGCAUAUCUUGUAAAGGUGGGAUUCUUAAGGAGCCAUCACAAAUAUGAAAUUAUCUUCUCUUUACCGCAAGUCCCUACUAUGGGCAAAGAUGUCACUCUUUCCCCCGCACUUCGUACUUCGGCACGACCACGCCUUCGUGCAACGUGCAUCACACCGCAGCCUGAGGGAGGCGUGAGGGUGGUUUGUGAGUACAUUGCCAAGCAGGAAGGAGUGGUACAGGAGGAGCUCACGCUGGUCAACCGGAGCAGAAGGGACAGCAGUGUCAAAGUUAGAUUACAAGCCAGAGUCAUGGAGCGCCACCAUGGGACCCCAAUGUUACUUGACGGUGUGCACUGUAUUGGAGAAGAAAAGCAAGUGGCCUCCAAAAAUAAUGACACCAAGAAGAUGUGACUGAAGCUGUUUACUUUCUGUGUGAAUGAAAAUAAACAGAAAUCAAUGGA